AUGGGCCUCUUCUCCUUCAUAGGCAGCAUCUUCAUCAUCGUCAUCUCCGUAAACAUAGCCGUACUCAUCUCUCAACCCUUUUCAGGAUCACUAGUACGUCUCAGAGCCAAUUACCUCCCAAAGGCAGUCUCACUAGACGAUGUACUCGAGGAUGGAGCAAUGGAGGGACCGGGAGAGGAACAGGCAUUUGGAUUCGAGCCGGGACAGGGUAGAGGGGGUUUAAGUGGGGUGACGCCUAGGAAGAUUAGCGCUUACUUUUUGUCGCAGAGGAGACAGAGUGCAAAGAUUGGACCCGUCGUGUCAGGCAUCUUCCCAAUGCUCUUCAGAACCAAGCGUCUAGAAGGCUGGAGCGGCGUCUACAAGGGAUCGAUACCUGUAGCAUUGCAGCUCAUUGUACUCGCAUUUGCCACAUCGAUUCUAUUUGAUGUAGACGGACACUCGACAGUCGGCGCGGGAGGUAGCUACAAGGCCGCUCCCACUGGUCCGGGCCAAUUCGGAUUCUUUACAAACCUCUUCUUUAUGAUCAUCGGCGCACUGGUGGCCCUGCCGCUCGAAGUCUUGACAUGCCGCACCAUUGUCCACCCAAGGGUCUUGACACCUGAUCUAGCCAGCAUAAGGUCAAAUCUCAAUGAGCUCUUCUCUCCCGCAGAGGUAGCUCAACCCUGGCGCAUCUACCUCAUCCCAGGUCUUCUCCCUACUACAUUUGCCCACAUCUGCUGGGUAGGCAUCCUCACCCGCCUCGUCCGGCAUAUCCUCGUACCCAACCUCGGAGGUCUAGCAGAGCCCACUCCCGCCGCUCCCGGCGAUACGACCUACUCUUCGCCUUCGAGCGUCGAGGUGAAUCCACUCGCGCUUGUCAUCUUCCUCCUCUGGUGCGCAUUCAGCGUAGUCGCUCUCAGUCCCCUGGAGGUAGUCUCUGUACGCCUGGCAACGCAACGGCCGGAGAAACAGCAGCCACUGCAUCUAGCCUACGCUCAUCUGGGCAACGGGAACAGCAACGCUCCUGCUUCGUACAGCCAUCAGGCCUCAGUGCCGAGGAGCGAUGGGGCCUUUGCCGAUGAGGUGCCGGCUACGGACAAGCCUCUGCCUUCUCAGCCGGAAUCGGCAGAGGCAGAGAACGCUCCUGGUCGUCCGAGCUUUGCCAUCGAGGACGAAGAUGAGGACGCACCUGAGUCGCGUGGCGCAAACGGUGGAGAAGACGCGCAGGAUCCCCUAAUAGAAGGCAAUGGAGGAGAAGGCCAGCAGCAAACAGGCUCACGAACGUCUUCCGAGCAAGGUCGCGGCGCAGCAGCAGGAGGAGGUGCUCAGCGGCACCUCGGUGGUCAAUCCAUCCCUGCCCCACCUCCACCGCACCUGCGCAACUCCUCGUCGUCGUACCACCACCACCACUCCGGAGGUGGGUACGACGAGCCCGCCGAGCCAGUCAUUGCCCUUCGUCCUGUAGAGGAGCCUUCUUCUACCUCUCAGCAACAAUCAUCGAGCGGAGGGCAAGGGAUUGAGGAGCAAGCGGUGCAAAGGUAUGAAGGCCUCAAGGAUUGUUUGGACAAGAUUGUGGAGGAGGAAGGAGUGGAGGCACUCUAUAGGGGAGCUUGGGUCACGGGAAUUGGAGCGCUGCUGGGGGCAUUCAACUAA